GUCCCCAAACAGGUUUUUAGUUUCCUGAUUUCGGAAAUGUCCACAUCUAUCUAUGAUAAGAAAAAGAAUGGGCACCAUUGACAGUUACUUCUACAUGGAUCCUAACCAGGGCUGUCCUUUUGACGCUGUGCUGGUGUUCUGUAACUUCACAGCAGGGGGAUCAACCUGUAUUAACCCUCAACCGCCACAGAUUACAGGGCGCUGGGAACCAGACAUUUUAAAAAGGACACCAACCAUGCAUUGGAUGACUGAUCAGCAAAGUUUCAAAACGGUUGAGUAUGCAGGCCUGGGUGUAGUCCAGCUGAGGUUUCUACAGUUACACAGUCUCACGUCCUUCCAGAGUGUGACCAUCCGUUGUCCCACCAAUCACUCCAGCAGAGCGUACAUACCUGAUUCAGCCAAUAUCCUUGUACACUUGCUGGGAGACUCUGGGACGGAAAUUGGUUCGAACCUCAUUACAAUAUCCAGGGACGACUGUGUGGUCAAUUUACUGGUGAGGGUUAUGGGAAGUGCAGACCUCCACAGAGGUGAUAUGAAGCUACUUCCUGUCCAAAGUGUUGGUGUGGACGUCCCAGGGCUUUCCUCACUGCUUCCUGAGAUAACUGCUGUCCUGGGACCCCUCUGCUUCCUAUAG